UAGACGGCAAGGUGGUUGUUUGUCUGAAAUAUCUCCGCAGCGCGGUCCGCGUGCUUUUAUCUCCAUCGCUUUUAAAUUAUAAUUCUAACUGAAAACCACAUUGCUGUGAUAUUUUAUAAAUUCUUCAUUAUUUCAUCAAUACGAACAGUAACUUUUUUUGCUAACGAAUACUAAACUGUACCAUAAGUGUUUAUAAAUAUCGGCCGGUAUCAAAAUUAAAAUAAAAUGAUGUGUUAAAUAUAACUGUAAAUCAAAUAUAUACUGUCGGUAAAGAUGGGUACGCCACAGAAGGACAUAGAGUUGAGUCCAGUGAAGCCUGAGGGUAAUACUAGCACGUUGCCGGAGAAACUAAAUUUGCCGGUAAACGAUGAGGAGGAUGUUAUUAUUGGGCGGUUUAGGAAGAUAAGCUCGGCGAAGUCGAUGGCAGCAACGAACGGGAACAUACAGUAUCCAUCGGCUGCCGAUGUGCCUAUGAGGAGCGAGGACGUGGAGGCCGGACUACAGUUCAAAACUAGGGAACCGGGAGAAAAGGAUCGGUUGUUACCGGAGUCGGCGACCAACGGUUCAGUAACGGUGCAGUCCCGCUCUCCCGUCACUAAGAGCAGCUUCCGUGAUAUCGAAAAGCCGUCCAGGUUCAAGGAUCAGCCAUCUGCCACUAGAUUCCAGAUGGAAGAUGAGCAGGAGGAGGAACAAGAGCACACUGACUCCGAUGGAAUGGACAGUGAUGAUCCUCUCACGUGCACUGAUACCAAAUAUGGCAAGAGUUUCAGGCAUUUCACUAGAGAAGCUCUGCCAAGGUUGGACAACUACAGGAAUGUUCUCUCACUGCACGCGGCGCCCCGACCUACGCUGGAUGAGUUGCACAAUGCUUCCCUCUCUAGGAAGCCACAAAUGAUGGAGAAGGAUCUGGCGACGCCGACGCUGACGUCAACGAACCUGAAGUUUGGCUGGAUCAAAGGAGUGCUGAUGCGAUGUCUCCUCAACAUAUGGGGGGUGAUGCUGUUCCUCCGACUUUCCUGGGUCGUUGGCCAGGCGGGCGUGGCGCAGUCAAUGCUCCUGAUCCUCACAACCUCGGUCGUCACCACCAUCACGGCGCUCUCCAUGUCUGCCAUCAGUACGAAUGGUGUCAUUAAAGGAGGUGGCACAUACUACAUGAUAUCGCGGUCGUUGGGCCCUGAGUUUGGUGGCUCUAUAGGCCUGAUAUUCUCGAUGGCAAAUGCGGUGGCCUGCGCUAUGUACGUGGUCGGCUUUGGAGAGUCGCUCAUUACUCUUAUACCGGAGACCGCGUAUAUGGUCGACAAAGGAUGGGACCAAGCAAUAUACGGAUGUAUAACAAUAGUACUCCUAACGGGUAUAGUGAUCGUGGGCAUGGAAUGGGAGGCGAAGGCACAGAUAGUGUUACUGGUGAUACUAUUGGCAGCCAUCGCGGACUUCUGCAUAGGCUCCAUCGUUGGACCUAAGAGCGACGUCGAAAUGGCACAGGGAUUCGUUGGGUAUAAUUGGACAGUGUUACAACAGAAUCUAGGUCCAGACUACAGGCGGUUCGAAGAAGUGGACUAUAACUUCUUCUCAGUUUUCGCGAUAUUCUUCCCCGCCGCUACUGGUAUAUUAGCUGGAGCUAAUAUUUCCGGAGAUUUGAAGGACCCCCAGAAAUCUAUUCCUAAAGGCACCCUCCUGGCUAUCCUGUUGACAACGAUAUCAUACCUGGUGAUAGCAGUCAUAGCUGGGUGGACAGUACUACGGGACGCUUCAGGGGACGUCGCAGACAUUGCUAACUGGACCCUCGACCACUGCGCUGCUACUGACACAUGCGCUUAUGGACUGCAUAAUAGUAAUGAUGUAAUUCGCCUGGUAUCUGGAUUCGGUCCGCUGAUCUACGGUGGAUGCUUCGCGGCGACUUUAUCUUCUGCACUCGCGUCUUUGGUGUCAGCGCCUAAAGUGUUUCAGGCGCUAUGCCAAGACAAGUUGUACCCGUACCUUGAGUUUUUCGCGAAAGGUUACGGUCCCAACAACGAGCCAGUCCGUGGGUACGUGCUCACAUUCGUCAUCGCAGUCGCGUUCAUACUUAUGGGCGGCCUGAACCAGAUAGCGCCCUUGAUCUCUAACUUCUUCCUGGCCGCGUACGCUCUCAUCAACUUCUCCACCUUCCAUGCCAGUCUCGCCAAGCCUGUGGGAUGGAGACCUACCUUCAGGUUCUACAACAUGUGGCUGUCCCUGGUGGGCUCGCUCCUGUGCGUGGCCAUCAUGUUCGUGAUCUCUUGGAUCACUGCACUCGUCACAUUCGGGUUCCUGCUCACUCUGUAUCUGCUCGUCUCCUACAGGAAGCCAGAUGUGAACUGGGGCUCUACGACGCAGGCGCAGACAUACAAGGCGGCGCUCACUGGGGUCUACCACCUCAAUACUGUCACUGAACAUGUUAAAAAUUACAGGCCUCAGAUCCUGGUACUGACCGGGUUCCCCGGGGAACGUCCCAUCCUGACAGACUUCACGUAUCUACUCACUAAGGGACACUCACUCAUGCUCUGCGGACAUAUAAUGCAGGGCCAGGUGAGCCACCGCGGUCGCGAGGCACUGACUAGUCGCGCGUACCAGUGGUUCAAGGGACGGAAGAUCAAGGCGUUCUACUCCAUUGUAGACGAUGUCGGGUUCAAGGACGGAGCCAGUGCACUUGUACAGGCUAGUGGUAUUGGCAAGUUGAAGCCGAACAUCUUGUUGAUGGGAUUCAAGGAGAACUGGCAAACGAGCGAGCGAAACGAAAUCGCAGACUAUGUCGAAGUUAUGCACAAGGCCCUGGACGUGCACAUGGCGCUGGCCGUGCUGCGCGUGGAGGGCGGCCAGCACGCGCCCGACGCGCUCGACCACGAGAGUCAUAUACAUACUGUAGCUAUAAGAGUGUCCCCCCCCAGCAAGGCCCUGGACGUGCACAUGGCGCUGGCCGUGCUGCGCGUCCCCCCCGGCCAGCACGCGCCCGACGCGCUCGACCACGACCUGCACUCGUACCUCGCUGACGUCAACCUCAAGGACCUGUCCGCCUUCUCGCGUUCCAUGGGAGAUAAUAAGGAAUCUAAGUCCACUGAGAGUCUCAACACGCACUCCAGAGGUAGCAGUAUGUCAGAUGUAUCCCUCGGCUCGCCGCAACUGGACCGCGGCGUGUCAGCCGACCCCGCCGCGUUGAAGAACGAUAAAGCACAAAAGAGCGAUGACAAAGAUAACUCAGUACUGGGCGGCACUGGUAUAAGCGGCGUGGUGCGUCGUGCACUGGGCGGGUCGGCGGCGCGGCGCGCUUCGUCGUUCACAUCCGUGGAACAGUUCACCAAGCGACAGGCCGGCACUGUCGACGUAUGGUGGCUGUAUGACGAUGGAGGUUUAACCCUCCUCCUGCCUUACAUCUUAUCAACACGUCGCGCCUGGUCGUCGUGUCCACUACGAGUGUUCACACUCGCUAACAAGAACACAGAACUCGAAAUUGAGGAACGAAACAUGGCCUCAUUACUAUCAAAGUUCCGGAUAGACUACUCCGCCCUGAAGAUGAUAUCAGACAUAACGCGGCGGCCCAAGGACUCCACCCUUGCAUACUUUGACAAAUUGAUCACGCCCUUCAAGUGUGCCGACGAUGAUAACACGGGCAUCACAGAAGCGGACCUGCUGGCGGCGCAGGAGCGCACGUGGCGCCACCUGCGGCUGCGCGAGUUGAUCGCGGCGCAGUCGCGCGGCGCGCGCCUGGUGUGCGUGACGCUGCCCAUGCCGCGGCGGCGCGCCGUGGUGCCGCCCGCGCUCUACGUGGCCUGGCUGCACGCGCUCGCCACCGCCGCCGACCGGACCCUCCUCGUCCGCGGGAACCACGCCGCCGUACUCACGUUUUACUCUUAGGAACUACUCCCAUUGCUGUUUCUAUUUCUGUACUGUUCAUUUGAGUCGUAUGUGGAACUUGUCAGAUCGUCAUCUCUUGUGUCGAUAUGGAUAUAUUCUUCUUUGAUAUCGUCUUUAGUAAGAGAAGUCUCAUCAGAUUUUGACUUCUUCUGUCGAUAUAGAGCUGUCUGUGUAUCACUUGGAAAAAAUCAAAGGAAUUCGUUACGUAUUUGUCCUCUUCUCUCUUGUCGAUAUAGCUAUUAUUUUAUCACUUGAAAGAUAUUCCCAUGUUAUAAUACCAAACGUUAGAAUAACAACUUGCAUGAAGUUGUUUUAGUCAACUCGAAUUAUACUGAAGUUAGCUACAAAAUGCACGAAAAUGUCUCUAAUACUGUCUUUAAUGAAAACUGGUUCCAUAGGAAGUUCGGAUACUUCUUCUUUAUAAAAUGGGUUUUUUCAAAGUACAAGUUUCACUUAUAAAAACUCUGGUUGCAAACAUAUCGCAAGACGAAAAAUUAUUAGACCCUCAGAUUACGAAAACCAGUGAUAAGUUGACUAAAAAGUAUUUCCCACAGAUCUGAAAAAGUCCAAGUUCUAAUAAACUUCCGUAUAAGUUAUGCUCUAUACAUAAUACUCAGCGGGUAAAGUGAACACCCUUCAAGAGAUUUUAGUACAUUGGAAAUUUUACCAGUAAUCGACCAAAGGUUUGUUGUACAUUUUAUACGUAAAUUAGUGUAAUUAUAUUACUUAGUGACAUCCAGUGUGUUUAGUUCGUAGUUUUAUUGUUUAUUUGUAAUAUUUAAUGUCGAAUCAUUCCAUUGUAUCGUGCCUCAACUCUGCGAGAAGUUUAGAAAUUAUAUUUGGAGGCUGAACUAUUUGGUCUUAGUAGAUGGCGCCUCUGGCGAUUAAAAUCUUGUCAGGCUAAUAAAUCUCGCUCUAAAUGGAGAUGGCACUACGAGCGACUAGCGAAUUUUGAUGAAAUUAAAAUCGAAUUUACAAAAAUAUCAUCAAUGCGGGCAAAUUAUGCAUCAAUUUAAUUCUCGCGUCCUAUUUUAAUCAUCCUUAACUUAAGGCUUGUUUUACUAAUGAUCAGUUUUAUUCCUUGACACGUAAAUAUAUUUAGUAUGCAGUUAAGGAAAUGUACAUUGUUUCAGUUAGAGACAAUAUAACCAUUGGUUGGCUACUGAGCUGAUAAAUGAUUACAAAAGACAUGAGCUUCGUUAUAAAACUAUACAAUUUAUUUUCUUAGUUGGAUACUAAAUAACUUGACUAACUGUCCUUUAGUUUUUUCUAUAAACAAUCGAAUAAUAGCUUAGGAGAUGUAGCAAUCGUUUAGGAAUCUCGAUUGAGGUUGCGACCUACUAUUUAAUACUAAUGAAAGUACAAACACAUGACGCCUGUUGUUACAUUAUUUUGAUAAGUUUUGCUUAUUUAUUUAUAUUUUCUUUUGAAGUAUUUGUCAAGAUCUGAAAUCGGAAUCUUUGGAAUAAUUUUAUACCUUUUAUUACUUAUAUGUAUACGAAAAAUUACUAAAAUUGUUUAGGAUAGAUAAUCAAAACGUUUCGUCUAUAUAACGUUGUAAUAAGAUCUAUUAUCGCAGCGCGGACGCGCGAACACGCGAACUUGUACUGACGUAAUUAAAAACAUUCGUGAAAUAAUUGCAAGAUAAAAGUACAGCAUAUAUGUAUGUAUUAUUGUACUGUCUGUACCCUUUUUAGGGUGGCAGUUUAAUGUCACUGAAUUUUGAUAUACCCUUCUUUUAGAUAAAAGUUUUAUUAUAAAACUAUUAAUAUUUUGAUUAAUUUACAUUUUUCGACUAGAUUUUAGAUAAUUCAACACUACUAACACCCAAUGAACUGUUUAAACGCAUGGAAAGCACAGUUGCUAAGUUUAACUUCUCCGUAAUGUGUCGCGGGUUCGAUUAGUGCGCCGAACAAUUAUUUGUAUGAUUCAUGAAUAACAAUUCACACAACAAUUUGGGUUUAAAAGGUGAAAAGGCGGCACGAAGUUUACCGGGACCGCUAGUUAGGAAAUAUUUUAAUGCAGUUUGUAUUGGUUGUUUCAAUUGUAAUUUUCUUUAAUGACUCCACACUAGAUAUUUUCUCUGUGUCGUGAUUACAUUUGAAAACACACACAUACAUAAACAUAACACACUUAGACUCUGAAGUGUUCUUCAGAGAACUCUGACUUUUCACCUUUUAAACCCAAAUUACCAAAAUUAACCAAAUCGAUUCAGCCGUUUUCGAGUUUUACCGAGACAAACGAACAGAAAUUCAUUUUU